UUACAUUACACAGGAAGGCGACUACCAGCUGUCUCUGCUAUGCACGUCGCAGCUCCGCUCUUAGCACGGCAAUACUCCCCAGCUCCGAUUUGCCCUGCCCCUUUUUUCUCUCUAGUGUUCUCGCUCGCUCUGCGGUUCUCCUUUUGAUCCCAGAGGGACUUGGAGUUGUCGCAUUCCAGUCAUUCCUGUCUCAGCGAACAAUCGGCCCUCAGUUAUUUAUUAGCACCGCUCUCUCUCUCGCGCGACUCAGUCUGCUUUGAGAGCUUCUCAGGCGCACGCCGUAGCAGUGCGCUCUCCCUUUCACUGGAGCAUACACUAAGAUCUCUUUUACACUAAGAGUUUAUUCUGUGCAUUUAAACGAAGUUCUAUUAGGAAUAAUUUUCGUCAAGAAAGACAAAUAAAGAACAUACACCACCCACAACGUCUUUCCGUGAUGAGAAUGUAAAGUGGUUCUCCACAGCCCUUGACGUGUUUAUUCCCCCCUCGUUGCCUGAGAUGAGAACAGCAGAGGAAUCAUCCUUCACGGUCCUGCACCGCCUGAUCCAGGAGCAGCUGCGCUACGGGAACCCCACGGACACCCGCACCCUCCUGGCCAUCCAGGAGCAGGCCCUGCGCGGCGGCAGCGGCGGCGGAGGAGGUGGCGGCGGGGGCACCGGUUCCUCCCUAGAGAGCCUGAGCCCGGACGACCCCCAGUUCCUCCACAUGUCCACCAGGCAGGAGCCGCAGGGCCAGGAGCACCAGGUGGACUUCAGCCGGGAGCACCGGGAGAGCCCCGCGUGUCAACUCUACCAGCUCCACGAAGAGGAGCUGCCCACCUAUGAGGAGGCGAAGGCCCACUCGCAGUACCUGGCCACGGUGGGCACCCGGCGGGGUCCGGCCCAGCUCGGCCUGGGGGCAGUGGAGGCCGAGGGUCACCAGGGCGGAGCGGACGGCCAGUGGGACCUGAAGCGGGAGCACGCCCGGAGCCUCAGCGAGCGCCUGAUGCAGCUGUCCCUGGAGCGGAACGGCGUGUCCCAUGGACCCAGAAACGGCCUGCCUCUCAGCUCCUCUCAUAGUGACCCCCAGCUAUCUUGCGGGCCCGCUGACCACCCGGGACAACUCACCGACGAGAGGGGCCCGCCGCCGGACUACCCCUUCCUGGUCCGGCCUCCUGGGUACAUGGUCAGCCACUCACAGGAGACACAGGGACAGUAUUACCAGGAGGCUCCCUCCCCGUUCCACUCACAGCACCACAGGUACGUAGCGGCCCAGGCCGAGGCAAAGAUGGUUCCCCACGGUGUCCAGGCCGGUUCUGAGGUCUACAUGGCCGCCGUACGCUCGGGGAACCACAACAACAGCAACAACACAGCCCAGGUGGACACACUGAUGAAGGAGAACCAGAGGCUGAGGAGGGAGUUGGAGGGCUACGGCGAGAAGACCGCCAGACUGCAGAAGUUGGAGCUGGAGAUCCACAGGAUAUCCGAGGCCUACGAGAUGCUGAUGAAAGGCUCAGCCAAGAGAGAGACCCUGGAGAAAACCAUGAGGAACAAACUGGAGUCGGAGAUUAAGAGGCUACACGACUUCAACAGAGACCUGAGAGGUCGACUGGAUACAGCCACCAAACAGCGAGUAGCCAAGGAGGUUGAAUCCGCAGACCAGAAGCAGCACGUUUUUGCCAGACUACUCGAACAAAACGAGGAGCAGCAGAAGGAGCGCGAGUGCCUGGAGCGGGAGGUUCAGCGUCUGCGAAGCUCCGGCGAAGAGUGGCUCUGGCGAAGGGAGGUCCUGGAGCAGGCCCUGGGGUCGGCGCAGGCCCGUAACCUGGUGUUGGAGGAGGAGCUGAGGAGGAAGAGGGCGUACGUGGAGAAGGUUGAGAGGCUGCAGAGUGCCCUGGGUCAGCUGCAGGCUGCCUGCGAGAAGAGGGAAGGCCUUGAACUGAGGCUCAGAACCAGGCUGGAGCAGGAACUGAAGAGCCUCAGGGCACAACAGUGGCAGUCCCACAGCGUAGCCAGCGGCCCUGGCUCCCUGGCCUCCGACCUGAGCUCCGUGGCUUCGAUCCGGCAGCAGCUGGCCGAGAAGGAGGAGAGGGUCCUGGCCCUGGAGGCCGACAUCACCCGCUGGGAGCAGAAGUACCUGGAGGAGAGCACCAUGCGGCAGUUUGCCAUGGACGCAGCCGCCGCCGCUGCCGCCCAGCGAGACACCACCCUGAUCAGGCACUCCCCUCGCCAGUCACCCAAUGCCAGCUUCCACCACGACCCGCCAUCCUCCGCUCAUCGACACCAGGAAAUGGAGAACAGGAUUCGUGUGCUUCACUCACAGCUUCUGGAGAAGGAUGCCGUGAUCCGGUUGUUGCAGCAGCGGUCCAGACGGGAGCAGAACCGACUGGAGCAGCAGGCCCUCCGACCCGCCAGGUCUGUCCCCAUCAUCAGCACCGCGGCCUCUGCCCAGGGCCCGGUGGAGAGACCCGUCCGGGGGAAAGGGAAGAGCCUCUCGGAUGACCAGACAGCUGCUCCAGUGUCUCCCCUCUGCACGGCCCCGCAACCACACCCCCGUGCUCUGCCCCUGUCGCUCCCCGUCUCCAAGCCCCAGGGCAGGGACUUCAGUAGCCAGUGUGACCGGGAUGGCCCUGCUCGAGAGACGGACCUCACAGCUGAGAACGUCCAGGCCACCUCCACCACUUCCACCCAAACAUCUUCCUCUGAAACCCCAGAGCCAACCCAAGUGCCGCUCAGCACAUACAAGAGCCUCAGCAGCCCAGCAGCCGAAGUGGUGGAGAUCCUUAUUUAGGAAAGACGUAUCUCUGGACCGGAUGGAGGUGACAAUGAGGACGCUGCCCUGGACCGUCUGUCUCUGGUUCUGAUCUUUUUUUAUUUUAUUUUUUUGACACUUCCUUGUGGUUUUUGGAGGCAGCGUGGAGAAGGUUUGGGGACGAGAUUUCUACCCAUCUCCUGGAGAAAUGAAUCCAGAAGCGACGCUCGUAAGAAGACCGAGCUGAGCGGAGAGCUGUGCUCCCCGUGGCUGUUUCUCUGUCUUAUCCCCUGGCAAGUUAAGAGGAACUGUCUUGUUCUCUGAUGGACCAGUCAAGUGUAACCACAGCAGUCUCUGUCCGUUAGAAGCCUCUAAGGUACACGGAUGGGAUUCCGCUUUGCCGGCAUCAGCCUCGAAAUCAGUCGCUGCAUUUACAUAUACUUCUGAUGUAAUUCGUCUAAUUAUUUCUUGUAUUUAUACCCUUAUUUAAGUGCUGCUCGUGGUGUUUGUGUGAAGAGACGUUUUGCCGGGCCUUUACAAUAGCUGUCUGAAGGCCUGUCUGUUCUGGUGUCUGUCUGCGUCAGCUCCUGCUAAUUUAGACACGUCUACUCGUGCUGCAUAUGCCUUUGCCUUAUGGACCGAACGUGUGGUAGCUACUUUGAGCUGAGCAUCCCAGUUAAACGACCCAACAUUCCUGGCUAAACUACAGAACUCUCCCACGGCCACUUUGGCUUGUGCUGUGAUGUCCAUCACGCAUCCUUCCAGUUAUACUCUGACACUAAUAGGAGGGCUUAGGCAUCUCAGUUGUGGCUGUAACCUCUCCGCUCCCCCUCAUGUCCGAGGAUUAGUCCAUUCCACAGUGUGCCUCUGUCCUACCGUAAAUACUAACGAACCCAACUUCUGCAUUCCCGAGCCUAAAUAAACUAUGCAGUUGGUGCUGUUUUGCUCCACUUAUAAUAGCCUUAAUGCUGAGGCGCGCUUGUGGCUUUAAAACAGGAAUGGAAAUGGGCCUUCUUUAGACUGGCCGGGGGGGCGCUGUGAAGGGGCACGUCUAUCCACUCACCCCCCUUUAAGAAACAGAGGAUCCGAAGAGGAGAGCCUGUCAUUCACCACACUUGGGUGUGAAGUCUGAGAUGCCUGAAAAUUGUCCCAAAUAGCACCGCUGACAGGCCGGGGGCUGAUCGUCUGGCAUUCCUUCCCGACGCUCUCCCACCCACUCUGAAAAAUGCACUGUGUCGAGUGUGACCCCACGAUCCGAGGAGCUGUUUUUUUCUAUUUAUUUCUGCCAAGGCUCUACGGUAGCUGGCUUCUACCAAGAGCCACCUGAGCAUCUUAUCAAUCGAUGACCACACAAAAACAUGUCUAUGAGAACAACAACAGAGACCGCCGUAUCUGCUGUUUGUUAAAAAGGCAAUUUUCCCCUUGUACACACACGUGUAUCUAUGUAUGUGUAAUUUAAAGUUCAGUGUGCAUCUGGUCGGAUGGUGAAAUGUGUUGAAUGUACCAGACAGUUCUCUCUGUUUUUCAGAUAAUACCGGGGUUUGCAAGAUUGUGGUUGACUGGAAUGUGAGAGGAUUCAGUGUUGCAAAAAACUCAUUUAUUUUCUUUUGGAAAUUUUAUGAUUCCAGAUAUCGUGCCUAUUCUAUUCUGGAUUAUUCUACUCUGGAUUUCUGGAGACCCUGUUCAUUUAUUAAAAUCUCCUGGAGUUUUUUAACCCCUGAGAGGAUUCAGUGUUGUAUUUAAACUCUACAGUCCUUCACUUUCUCAAAAGCAAAUUUUUUGAUGUUCUUAUUUCCCUCAUGGGGUAUUUGCUGGACAUGUGCUCCAUGUUGGAAGUAUAAACUAUGAAUACCCUUUUCCCUGCUAUUCAGACUUUGUUUACAUGAAAGGUUGUUAUUUUGAACUGAGAGAAGUUAAUAUAUUUUGUAUAUUAUUUCCUUUUUAGCAUUUAGUGGCGUGAAACAUAAUGCCAAAGAUUUGCAUUCAUUUUUAUUAAGUUAUAACAUAAGCAUAUGAAAACCAACCAGCAGGGCUUAGUGUGGACUGGCUCUGACUGAUUGACACUUAUGUUUGCUGUUGCUGUGAAUGUCAGAAAUGAGGAAAUUUUGUAUGCCAUUAACAUUUCAUUUGUAGAAAUAAAAACCUUAAUAU